UCACACCGACACAGAUUUAGCGGAAGAAGGGUUGCGGAAAGACGAACCUGUAUUUUAACUCUCCGGGAAUAAAUUAAACGAGGCGGGAUUAAAAAAAAACUAAGGUGUGUCUCAUGUGCAACACGAGAGGGGGGCGACUUUUUUUAAUUUUUAAAUCGCAGUCGAUAAGUCGAGGCGUGAACCCGAAAGGAUUCUGCAUGUAUUUUCUCUGGGUGUUGUGCGGAAGAGUGCUGUAGAUGCAGCCGUCGUGUUGCUCUGUUGUUCACGCAUGAUGGGAAAUGCUGCCACAGAGCCGUGCGUGGUGAAUUGUCAGUGUUGGUGAGGCUUCGCCGGGGCAGCGGCGGUGCGUGCGGUAGACCCCAUCCAUCCAUCCAUCCAUCCAACCAACCAGCAAACAGCCAAAACAACACCAAGGGAAUAUGAUGCACCAUAAAAUUGGGAAAUAUAAACUUUGUGCGCGGGGCUCAGCGUCUUCUCAGCGGCUGGGACAUUGAAAGCAUGAACAGCUACAACAAGAACAGCGAGGAGAUACAACACGAAUGUUAAGGAGUGAAGAACAUGCCCGGUGUUUGGAUUGUGUGAAUAUUCUGCUGGACAUUACGCACACCCUCAGGGCAUUACGCACACCCAGAGGAACCUGUAGCCGGGACGCCUGUCUGUGUUGUGAUGCGUCUCUCUUUCCUUGCUAGUCUCAGUUUUGAUUUCUACAGCAGCACCGCGCUAUCCUACCAUGGCUCGCUUCGAGGACGAGCCUUCCAGCCGGUAUGGGGGGGGUUGUCCCCCGGGGCUCGGCCGCGGAGGGGGUCGCCAGCCGGGCCCUCCGCCACCAGGGCCGCGGGUGUACAAGGCGCAGUCCAUGGCACAGAGAGCCCGGACCAUGGCUAUAUACAACCCAAUCCCGGUGAAACAGAGCUUCCUCACCGUAAACCGCUCUCUUUUCAUCUUCAGUGAGGAUAAUUUCAUCCGAAAAUACGCCAAAAAGAUUACCGAGUGGCCUCCGUUUGAGUACAUGAUCCUGGCCACCAUCAUCGCUAACUGCAUCGUUCUGGCCCUGGAGCAGCACCUGCCUGCCUGUGACAAGACGCCCCUGUCAGAACGCCUGGAUGACACAGAGCCCUACUUUAUUGGAAUAUUUUGCUUCGAGGCGGGCAUCAAGAUCAUUGCUCUGGGCUUUGCCUUCCACAAAGGAUCCUACCUGAGGAACGGCUGGAACGUCAUGGACUUUGUGGUGGUGCUAACCGGGAUGCUGGCCACGGUUGGGGCCGACUUUGACCUUCGCACCCUGAGGGCCGUUAGGGUCCUACGGCCCCUGAAGCUGGUCUCUGGCAUCCCCAGUCUUCAGGUUGUCCUGAAGUCCAUCAUGAAGGCCAUGGUUCCUCUGCUCCAGAUCGGCAUGCUCCUCUUCUUUGCCAUCCUCAUGUUCGCCAUCAUCGGCCUGGACUUCUACAUGGGGAAGUUCCACCACACCUGUUUCCACAAAGACACUGGGGAACUGGCGGCAGACUUCCCAUGCGGCAUGGAGCCGCCGGCCCGGACGUGCCCCAACGGCACGGUGUGCCGGGAGUACUGGAUCGGACCCAACUACGGCAUCACCAACUUUGACAACAUCUUGUUUGCGGUGCUCACCGUGUUCCAGUGCAUCACCAUGGAGGGCUGGGUGGACAUCCUCUACAACGCCAACGAUGCCUCUGGGAACACGUGGAACUGGCUCUACUUUAUUCCACUCAUCAUCAUCGGGUCGUUCUUCAUGCUGAACCUGGUGCUGGGGGUCCUGUCUGGGGAGUUUGCCAAGGAGAGGGAGCGAGUGGAGAAGAGACAGGAGUUCCUAAAGCUGAGGAGACAGCAGCAGAUAGAGAGAGAGCUCACUGGCUACCUGGAGUGGAUCUGUAGAGCAGAGGAGGUGAUGCUGGCAGAAGAGGACAAGAACGCGGAGGAGAAGUCUCCGCUGGACGGGGCGUGGUACAAGAGGAAGCACAACAACUCAGUGCUGAAGAGAGGGAAGAAGAGUAAGAAUGAGCUGAUCAACGCAGAGGAAGGGGAAGACCACUUCACUGACAUAUCUUCUGUUGGGUCUCCGUUCGCGCGGGCCAGCCUGAAGAGCGCCAAGAUGGAGUCGUCGUCGUACUUCCGUCGGAAAGAGAAGCGUCUGCGCUUCACCAUCCGCAGGCUGGUCAAGGCCCAGAGCUUCUACUGGACCGUGCUGUGCCUGGUGGGCCUCAACACGCUGUGCGUGGCCAUCGUCCACUACGAGCAGCCCUACUGGCUCACCUACGCCCUGUACUUAGCAGAGUUUGUCUUCUUGGGGCUGUUCCUGACCGAGAUGUCCAUGAAGAUGUACGGCCUUGGCCCCCGCAGCUACUUCCACUCCUCCUUCAACUGCUUCGACUUCGGGGUGAUCAUCGGCAGUAUCUUCGAGGUCAUCUGGGCGGCUAUCAAACCUGGUGCAUCGUUUGGCAUCAGUGUCCUGAGGGCUCUGAGACUGCUGCGCAUAUUUAAGGUCACCAAGUACUGGAACUCUCUGAGGAACCUUGUGGUGUCCCUGUUGAACUCGAUGAAGUCCAUCAUCAGUCUGCUCUUCCUUCUCUUCCUCUUCAUCGUGGUCUUCGCGCUCUUGGGAAUGCAGCUGUUUGGAGGACAGUUUAAUUUUGAUGACGAAACACCGACCACGAAUUUCGACACCUUCCCGGCGGCAAUCCUAACCGUGUUUCAGAUCCUGACGGGUGAGGACUGGAAUGCAGUGAUGUAUCAUGGGAUCAAGUCCCACGGGGGCGUCCACAGAGGGAUGUUCUCCUCGAUCUAUUUCAUCAUUCUCACCCUUUUCGGAAACUAUACUCUCCUCAACGUCUUCCUCGCAAUCGCUGUCGAUAACCUUGCAAACGCCCAGGAGCUAACCAAGGAUGAGGAGGAGCAGGAGGAGGCGAUCAGUAAGAAGCUGCUCCUGCAGAAAGCCAAGGAGGUGCAGGAGGUCAGCCCGAUGUCUGCCGCCAACAUCUCCAUCACGGCUAAGGAGCAGCAGAAGUCCCUGCGGCUGAAGUCGGUGUGGGACAAGCGGGUGGAGGAGCUGCGGCGACACAACCGGGCCAGCUGCGAGGCGCUGUACAACGAGCUGGAGCCGGAGGACCGCCUGCGCAUCUCCGCCGCGCUCAACCUGCAGCCCAACACGAAGACCCACCUGGACCGCCCCCUGGUGGUGGAGGCCGGCGGCGACGGGGACGACGCCGCCGCGCCCGCCGCAGGUCAUUCCGGUAACAGUAACGGCGGUAACGGCGGUAACGGCGGUAACGGCGGCAACGGCUCAAACGGCGCCCAGCACCAGCACCACCAACGCCACCAUCACCACCACCACCCCAAACCCGGCGAAGCCCCCAUCCACACCAACGGGGAGCAGACCACCGACGGCUCCGCCCCCGACGCCCCGAGGACGACGGCGGCGGCGACGGCGGCGAGCCAGCCGGGCCGGCGCCACCACCGCCACCGGGAGCGGGACCGGGAGCAGCCCAACGAGAACGGGGACGUGUCCCGGGAGGGGGGCUACCACGUGCACCACAGCCGCGGCAAAGAGCACAACGGGUGCCGGGGGAAGGAGGGCAAGAGCGACAGCAGGUCCCGGAGCAGAGAGGGGGGCUGGCGGCGACACCACCUCCCCCAGCAGCAGAGCUCAGGGGUCCUGGAGGGCGAGAGGGAGAACAGCCACCACCACCACCACCACCACUCCCACGGGACGCCCCGGGAGGUGAACGGCACGCUGCUCAGCGCCGGUGGUGGCGAGGGAGGGGGCGGAGGAGGAAGGGGGGAGCGGCGGCCGCACCACAAGGAGGGCCGAGGUUCCUCCAACCGGGACGGGGAAAGGGGUUCUCGAGGCGAGUGCAGGACCAACGGGGAGAGGAGGAGACGGCGUGGGCACGGGGUCAAAGGUCACACCGGCGCCUCAGAGGGUGAGGAGGCGGCAGAGCACGACCAGACCAACGGGAACAGGUUCGGUGAGUCUGAGGGAGACUCCCUGGCUGUUUCCCCCCAGCAGGUCCCUGGGGUCCCCAGCUGGCCUAGCGACGGCUUGGAGGACUCUGACAACCAGAGGAACGUGAGACGCACUGGGCAGGGCUCCACCUACCUACCCCCAGUCACCAUCACCUCCCCGCCCGGCGACUCCACCCUCAUACCCAUGAACAGUAUUGACAGUGAGACGGCGCCGAUGAAUGAGAAGACACUGGAGGACCUGGAACAAAGCAGGACCAGACCCAUCCUGCCCUACAGCUCCAUGUUCAUCUUCAGCCAGACCAACCCAGUGAGGCGUUUGUGCCACUACAUCGUGACCAUGCGCUACUUUGAGAUGUCCAUCCUGGUCGUCAUAACGAUGAGUAGCAUCGCGUUAGCCGCGGAGGACCCUGUCAAUGCUCACGCCACUCGCAACAACGUGCUUAAGUAUUUGGACUACGCCUUCACGGGCGUCUUCACCUUCGAGCUGGUGAUCAAGAUGGUAGAUCUAGGUAUCCUGCUGCACCCUGGGGCGUACUUCAGGGACCUGUGGAAUAUCCUGGACUUCGUCGUGGUCAGUGGGGCGCUGGUGGCUUUCGCUUUCUCAGGGACCAAAGGGAAAGACAUCAGCACCAUCAAGUCCCUCAGAGUUCUCAGAGUCCUUCGCCCUCUGAAGACCAUCAAGCGCCUCCCCAAACUCAAGGCGGUGUUUGACUGCGUGGUGAACUCUCUGAAGAACGUGCUGAACAUCCUCAUCGUCUACAUCCUCUUCAUGUUCAUCUUCGCCGUCAUCGCCGUGCAGCUGUUCAAGGGCAAGUUCUUCUACUGCACCGACGAGUCCAAGGGCCUGGAGAAGGACUGCAGAGGUCAGUUCCUGGACUACGAUAAGGACGAGGUGGCCUCCAUGCCGAGGGAGUGGAAGAAGUACGAGUUCCACUACGACAACGUGCUGUGGGCCUUCCUUACCCUCUUCACCGUGUCCACCGGAGAGGGCUGGCCAACGGUCCUGAAGCACUCUGUGGACGCCACGUUUGAGGACCAGGGUCCGAGCCCGGGCUACCGGAUAGAGGUCUCCAUCUUUUACGUGGUGUACUUUGUCGUCUUCCCCUUCUUCUUCGUCAACAUCUUCGUGGCCCUCAUCAUCAUCACCUUUCAGGAGCAGGGAGACAAGGCGAUGUCUGAGUGCAGCCUGGAGAAGAAUGAGAGGGCCUGCAUCGACUUUGCCAUCAACGCCAAGCCGCUGACGCGCUACAUGCCCCAGAACACGCACUCCUUCCAGUACCGCAUGUGGAAGUUUGUGGUGUCGCCGCCGUUCGAGUACUCCAUCAUGAUCAUGAUCGCCCUGAACACCGUGGUGCUCAUGAUGAAGUUCCAUGGAGCUCCUCCGUUCUACGAGGCCAUGCUGAAGAACCUCAACAUCGUCUUCACCGCCCUCUUCUCAAUGGAAUGUAUCCUCAAAAUCAUCGCCUUCGGCCCAUUGAACUACCUGAAGGACGCCUGGAACAUUUUCGACUUUGUGACGGUCCUUGGCAGCAUCACAGACAUCCUGGUCACAGAAAUCAACACCACGGAUCGGCUGUUGAACCUGAGCUUCCUGCGGUUGUUCCGGGCGGCUCGGCUCAUCAAGCUGCUGAGACAGGGUUACACCAUCAGGAUCCUGCUGUGGACCUUUGUCCAGUCCUUCAAGGCGCUGCCCUACGUAUGUCUGCUGAUCGCCAUGCUCUUCUUCAUCUACGCCAUCAUCGGCAUGCAGGUGUUCGGGAACAUUGAUCUCAACGAGGACACGGCCAUAAAUCACCACAAUAACUUCCGCACCUUCCUGCAAGCCCUCAUGCUGCUGUUCAGGAGCGCCACGGGAGAGGCCUGGCAUGAGAUCAUGCUGUCGUGUCUGAGUCGGCGGGCGUGUGACCCGGGGUCAGGGAACAUAGCCAAGGAGUGUGGCAGCGACUUCGCCUACUUCUACUUUGUCUCCUUCAUCUUCCUCUGCUCCUUCCUGAUGCUGAACCUGUUUGUGGCGGUCAUCAUGGACAACUUUGAGUACCUGACCAGAGACUCGUCCAUUCUGGGACCGCAUCACCUGGACGAGUUUAUCAGGGUUUGGGCCGAGUACGACCCCGCUGCCUGUGGGCGUAUCAAGUACCUUGAUAUGUAUCAGAUGCUGCUCCACAUGUCCCCGCCCUUAGGUUUGGGAAAGAAAUGCCCGCCAAGAGUCGCGUACAAGCGCCUGGUGAAGAUGAACAUGCCCAUCGCUGACGACAACACAGUGCACUUCACCUCCACGCUGAUGGCGCUGAUCCGCACCGCCUUGGAGAUCAAGCUUUCCUCAGGCAUGGUGGCCCAGCGUAUGAGUGAUGCGGAGCUGAAGAAGGAGCUCUCCACCGUUUGGUCCAGCCUGUCCCAUAAGACAAUGGAUCUGCUGGUCACUCCUCACAAACCCAAUGAGCUGACAGUUGGGAAGGUGUACGCAGCUCUGAUGAUCUUUGACUACUACAAGCAGAACCGAGCGCGUCGGCAACAGCAGCUACUGCAGAAUACCUCUGGCUCGAGCAAGGUGGGGUCUCUGUUUAAGCCCCUGCUGCCUCUGACUCACCUGCAGGAGAAGAACCUGCCCAUGAUGCUCGACAGCGUGGAUCCCCCAAGCAUGCUCCUUCAGACCCAGGCACGGGGCUCCGCCCCCCCCUCCACCUCCAGGCCAAACGCCCUGGGGGUCAGACCCGGUCCGGGGGUCAGACCCUGCCCGGGGGUCAGCACCCUCACCAACGGGGGAGCUUUGCCAGGUCAAGAGGUCAACGCCCAGGAGUCUUCCUCCUGGUUGCCAGAGAGGACGAAGGACGCUCCCCGGGGGAGGGGUAAACGCAAGCUCUCAAAGGGCCAAUCAGACGACACGCCGGAUGCCGCCCCUCAGGAGUCGGUGGAGCUGAUGAAGAUAGAUUCUAGUGCCAUCAGUAAAGGGGCAGUGCCGUGCUUAGGGGAUCUGGGCCCGGUGGCCCUGGGGCCCGGGGCCCCCGCCGGCCAGGGGACACCUGGCUCCGGGCUGCAGAGCCAGGGCAGAGCCGUGUCCAUGCCCCGACUCAAUACUGAACUACAGCGGAUGAAUUUGCACCCAGGGACCCUGGCUCCCGUUCCUGACAACAGCCCGAUGAGACGCUCCGUCUCCACAGUGGCGCCACAGCGCCUCCCAGAGGUCAAUCUGCGUGAGUUCACCCUGGAGAAGCCCAGCCAGGAGCGGAGCCACCACCACCACCACCAUCACCACCGCUGCCACCACCGCCGGGAGAGGGACCGGGAGCGGGGAGAGAAGAAGCAGAGGUCCCUGGACAGAUCGCUGGGCGGACAACACGCCACUAACAGUACUACAGGUACCCCAGGGGAGCCACCGAUGGACCCGGCCCAGGCCAGCUCCUCCUCCUCCAGGGACAAGGCCCACGAGCGCGGCCGCUCCCACGACCGGAAGCACCGCCACGCCCCCGGGGAGAAGCAGCGCUACUACUCCUGUGACCGUUACUGCAGCCGCGACCACUGCCACGCCAAGUCUGCCAACGCCAGCUGCGCCACGUCGCCCAGCGAGAUGCACGACGCCGGCUUCAGCAAGCAGGGCAGCGGUUGGGUUAGGGGCAGUCUGGCCACCCUCAGCUCCACCUCCAGCACGCCCAGCCGCGGCCGGCGGCAGCUGCCCCAGACCCCCCCCAUUCCCCGGCCCAGCGUGGCCUACAAGACAGCCAACUCGUCCCCGGUGCAGCCCGCGUCCGACCCCCACUCGGUCAGCCCGGGCCGGCUGAGCCGAGGCCUCUCGGAGCACCGCGCCCUGCGCCACAGCGUCUCCUCCUACCGCCACGUCCCCUGUCCGGUCACACGCAUCAGCUCGGAGCCCUUCCUGGGCCAGGGAUACGGCUACGAGCCCCUGCUGGGCCCGGGCCAGGGCGGCUACUGCCACGGCUACCCGCGCGACGCAAGUCCCUGCAGUAGCCUCCAGGACGGGUCCUCGCUGUCCCCCGGCUCCCAGCCCCCGGGGCCCUCCCCUGGGGCCGGACCGCCUGAUUACGCCGGGCCCUCGUCAUCCCCGCGGUACAGUCGAAGGGGCCCCAACGGAUACCACUUUAGCUUCCCCAGCAGUGGGGGGCCCCGGGCCCCCAGGUAUUACCAGGAGGUGGAGGAGGACGAGUGGUGCUAGCAUGGCUAUAACUAAACAACCCACGCUGGUGGUGGUUUCUUUUUUAUUAAUAACAUAUUUAUUUGAGGAAUUGUGAUGAGUUUUAUCAUCCUUCUUUGGAGGCUUUGGUUUACAUGGUUGUGUAUGCGUGUGUGCGUGCGUGCGUGUGUGUGUCCGUGCGUGUGUGCGUUUCAGUAAGAUGUCUUUGUGUGCGUGCAUGUAUCUCAUGCUUGACCUCUACCCUAGAUGAAGGAGAGAAAAAGACGAUGUGUUUUUGUCGGAGAGGUCAUAUUUAAAAGUGUAAAAAAAAGUAUACGGGACCCAUUUGAUAGAAAAGUGAGAAAAAAGUUUGGGAAGACCAAUAAAGUUUACUUGUUUUGGUUCUGGGACUCAACCAUCCAAUAACACUGCCUGUUCCUUAGAAACAUUCCCUGAGCGGACAGACAUGUCUUCACUUUGAUGUCUUCACGUUGAUUCCUCUCCUGCCAUUCUGUUCUACUGUUUCCCUCAUUGAUUGGAAGCAAAGUAUGGCAGAAAACAGUGAUGGGAGAUUGCUUGAUUCACUAAUGGUUUUUUUUUUAUUAUAGAAUGUGUACCUGUAGUUCUGUUAUCUUUUUUUGAUCAUGUGAAUAUUUUUUUGAAAAUGUGUUCAUGUUAAAGAAAAGCAUUUGUUG